CGCCUCCUUCGAAUUUCCACAUUUUGAUCUGCAACACCGAGACCAUCGAUAUAACUCAACAAGACCUCAAAUCAUGUCCAGUGGAGAUCAAGACACCUUCAUCACUAUUUCAGCUCGCUCGUACGAUUCGGGCAGGGACUUCUUAAAAGCCCUACUGGAAGGUGAUAUCUACGCACCUUACGGGAGAAUCGAAAGUCAGCCACUAGACCUUCCCGACGACUGGAAGCUUCCAUCCCAGCCCUUCACUCGGCCUGAUCUCGAGGAAUUGUGGCGGGAUGUGAGCCAAAGGAAUGGCGUGAAUAUGCGUGUCGUACGCUUAAAGAAUCCGGGUGCUCAUACAUUCACUAUGCUCCUCAUCCUCCUCGUGUGUGGAGCAUGCAUGUUGAUACUAGACCAUAGUUUCGAAAUCGCGGACCGUUCAUCCAAAGAAAACUACGAAGCGCUGUCGAACCUAUCGGCAUCUUUGCUGGCUGAAUAUGCAGUGUGUCAAUCGUUAUCUCGCCUGAGGAGCGAGUGGAUGGCAUUUCAACAGUUUGCGACAUUCCGGAAACCGGGCAUGGUGGAGGUCUUGGUUUGUCUCGCUUUCACUCGCAUAGCAGAGGCUUCACUCGCUUUAUCUUUGGCGUCUUUGGCGACGUGUACGCGUUCCUCUUCUGUUUACACAAAGGUUACGCACUGGCCUAUUGGAUGUCUUAUCCAGGUGGUUUUGUAUUUUUUAUAGGGGCGGACUACUGGAUGUCUUUUGUGGGGUCUUGCACAUUUGGCCUUCUCUUGGAUGCUGUCUUGAAGAGGAAAGUGCAGUCAGUGACCUCGCGGGUGUAUUGACUUUAUUUCUGUGGUUUGGCGUCGCCUUGGGUUACUUACAAACAAAUUGUGACAGCCAUUAGUCUGGUGUCUUUUGGUGGCGCCGCAGGUGUAGAUUUCAAAUUUCGCCAUGUAAACUGUUGCAUCACUAUAUACGUAUCG